AUGGAAACUGGCGUGUCCUACAAUGGCUUUGCUCCCCAUACUUUUGAUGUUGAUGAUGGUGUGAUCGACGAAGAUUCCCUCAGCAGGUGUACAGUCUGUGACUCCGAUGCUACGUUGAAGUGCUCUCUUUGUGGAACCGUAUACUGCAACCCACAUUGCUUUAGGAAAGACUGGCCUCACCACAAAGCACUCUGCAAGACCGCAAAGGAUGAGCAAAGCGUCGACAAAACCGGCACCGUGCGGGCUAUCCUCUUCCCAGUAGACUCCAAGAAGCCAGUGUGGGCUCAUAUCAGUCUCGAUUCUCUCAAUGUCUCAAUCGCGAGAGCUCUGGGCAUCACGGGGAAGAAACCACUCAAGAAGGCCGCUAAUCAACUCGUGACAAAUGACAUAAACAAAAGUCUCACGCACCGCAAGGUUGGCCACGGCAUCCAACAAUUCACAUUGCCCAAGACGCGCACCGUUGAGGGUGUCAACUUGAACGAAUCCAUCUUCUCGCUUGCCGACCCGGGGAGUCUCCGAGCAUACUUUGGCUCGGCCGUCUUUCUCGCCUUCGGCACAGUUAAGUUUGAGGGCGAGGGCGACCACAAGGCAUCCUGGUGGGAGGACGCCACGCCCCGCGAUCUACGCAUGAUCAUCGAGUGGUACUACACGCGCCCCGACAACCCAUGCAUCUCUCACACGCACCGGCUCCCGAUCAAGUCGUAUAGUGCUCCCUGGAAGGAAGCCCCGCUCUGGCCGGCCGUGCAGAUACUCUGCGACGGCGAUUUCUUCCGUUUCGGCGUGCUAUGUCCGAAAGGGUUGGACAAUGUGCAGAACGUCCAAGUGCUAUCUAAAGAUGUCUUCGGGAUCCGCACCCCAAGCGAGAUCGCGCGCAUGGCAGGACUGCCGUGGCUCGUACAGCCGUGCCGCAGCGCCGUCGACCCUCUCCUCGACAAAGACAAGUAUGACUUCCUGCACAACUGGACCGGCCGCAUCUACGCCCAGAACAAAGCGACGACUUUCCGGCACUGGAACAUCGAUCACGCCGACGGCUGGACGCUGCCGGAACAUCUGGAUUCGACGCACUGCGGGUCCCUGGUGGUUCUUCACGCGCGCGGUUGCGAGAUCGAUAAGUUGCAUAUUCUGGGCUUCAAUGAAUACAUCAACCAGGCGUUCAAGCAAGUCGUUCCUCUUCUGACGUACGAGAGAGAAGGAGAUCAGGCACGUGUGUUGUCAAGUAGAGAUGAGCUAGAGCGAGUCAUUACGAGAGAGGGAUUCGAGGCUUUCUGGGAAGAGUAUAUCAGUGCCGCGGCGGGGAAACUUGCGCCACUUUACCCUUCGCCGUAUAAUGAGACUUACGCGGGCGAGAGGGAUCCGGAGCCUGCGACUGAGGAGGAGAUGGAGAAGCAGCGGAAGUACGUUGAGAGGAUGCUUCUUGAGGGAGCGUAGAUGUGUGGGAGCCUGCUCUCAAGCCUAUGGAAAACGGC